GCAGCAAGCAAGAAGAAGGACCAUCCAAUUAAGUGAUGACAACACUGCAACCCAGAGCAAUCGCCGGCCACACAUCGACGACAUGGCGGGGCCAGGCCUGUUGCUUGCUGCCCGAUGCAGCGCUCUUGUGCCCUCAGCUUCGCUGUCGCGAGCGUCACUGUCGCCCUUGUGCCUCGCACCCUUGUCAAGCACACUGACCACGCGCACAAUGCGGGCAGUGCAUGUGCACUGUGUGCGUGCACGACAACACCACCAACACCGAUCCGCGUCGUCGAGCACAGCCCAGCAGCCCCCAUCAGCGUCACGGCAGCUGCCGCACGUCGUGGUCCUCGGGACGGGAUGGGCUUCUCACCGCUUCGUCCGUGACAUCGACCACAACAAGUACCAUGUCACAGUGGUGUCACCUCGUGAUCACAUGCUUUUCACACCGCUCCUCACGUCCACUGCCGUCGGCACGCUGGAGCACCGUUCCAUCAUCGAGUCCAUUCGCGCCACCGCCUCUGAGCGCCACUUUGACUUCCAGCAGGCCCAGGUCACAGACAUUGACUUUGACAACAACAAGGUGAUGUGCCAGUCUGCCGUCUAUUCCAAUGACGAGGAGCCCGAGCGCUUUCCGAUUCCAUACGACUUCCUCGUCGUCGGCAUCGGUGCCGUCCCAAACACGUUUGGCGUCCCCGGCGUCAAGGAGCAUGCCUUCUUCCUUAAGGAAGCCAGCGAUGCAAGAGAUGUGCGGCGUCGCAUUCACGACUGCUUUGAGGCCGCGUCUUUUCCGAUGAAGACAGCGCAGGAGAUUGAAGACCUUCUCACGUUUGUCGUGGUUGGUGGUGGGCCGACUGGGGUUGAGUUUGCGGCAGAGUUGACCGACUUCCUACGCGAGGACUGCACUCGUCUCUAUCCACACAUCCAGCACCGCCCCCGCGUCAUCCUCCUCGAAGCAAGCGGCGCAGUGCUGAGCGCCUUUGACAGCAGUCUUCGCCAGUAUGCACUCCGUCGCCUGGAGCGGCAGGAUUGCCACGUCCGUCUUGGCCGCAGUGUCAAAGAGGUGAAGCGACAUGAGGUUGUGCUGGACAAUGGCGAGGUCAUCAACACUCAUUGCAUCGUCUGGUCAACAGGCGUUGGCCCGCGCGCGCUCGUGAAGUCACUCGAUGAAAGGUAUCUCACCGAGAACAAGCAACACAUCCGCGUUGAUCGGGGCCUCAAGAUCGCCAACACCCAGAACGCAUUUGCAUACGGCGACUGUGCCCGCAUCGAUGGGUACAUCCUCCCUGCCGUUGCCCAGGUGGCAGAGCAGCAGGGAAAGUUCCUCGCCGAUGAAUUCAAUCGCGCAACACCGCAGCGAGAGGUUGGCUGCGACACAUUCAAGUUUGCCUCUUCAGGGAUGCUUGCCUACCUCGGCCACUACGGCGGUGUUGCUAAGAUUGCCGUGCCAACACCUGACGACGUCACGAAUGUGAAGUUGUCUGGGCUGACUGCGUGGCUGGUGUGGCGGAUGGGUUACUUGACCAAGCUUGGCCGCUGGAGGAACAGGCUACAGGUGCCGUUCGACUGGCUGAAAACAAUGAUCUUUGGCCGCGAUCCAACAAAGUUCUGACAACUGCGCAGUGCCGUGUCAUUCGUCAGUGAUCUCUCAUUUGUCCAUCAUGCCAUGCACGCAAAGCCAAACCAAAAUGAAAUGGAGUCUUGACCACAAA